AAAAUUAUUAAAGACGAAAAACAAAAACGAAACGAACGAAGCGCGAGUGGUACUUGGGGUUUCGGAUCUGUGAGUCCCGGUCCCAGUCCCCCCAUCAUUUGAUCAUCCUUCCCAGCAACCAUAUAUCUUUCGUAAAUAACUUCAAAGCAGCUGCAACGGAAUGUCGCGCCUCCGUGGAUUAGGAAGGCUAUGGCUGUUAUUGCUCGCCAUAUUGCAAUUGCAAACUGUCGCAGCCAUGAAAGUUUCGCUCUUCGGCGAUGGCUAUGUUUCGAUGCCGCUGCAGGAGGCCAAGAUGUCAACGAACAUUCGCGUCAAGUUUCGCACCAGGCAGGAGAACGCCUUCCUCUUCCUGGCCGCCGGACGGACGGACUACUGCCUGCUGCGCCUGGAGAGCGGGCUGAUCAGUUUCAGCUAUAAAAUCGAACGGGAUGUGGUGCAGUUGCGCUCGCCGAAAAAGCAAAAGCUCAACGACUUGGAAUGGCACGAUGUGGCGGUGCAACGGUUCGAGAAUAAUAUCACCUUGCAGGUGGACGGCUUUAUAAUGCGCAAACAGCUCCCAGGCGAUCUCACCGCCCUCAAUAUCCAUUUCGGUACACUUCUGGGCGGCGUGGGGGACUUUACGGCCGGCUACUUGAAUGAUGUUAUCGGUUUUCGGGGCUGCAUAUCGGAUGUCUUUUACAACAAUAUCAACAUCAUCAAGCGGGCCAAGGACCGCACGAGUCACACCACCAGCACUGGAGUUGCCUGGACCUGCAGCACCGAGUUCGAUGGUUCGAUACAGGAUAGCAUUAGUUUCAUGAAGAACGAUUCCUACGCACUGAUGCUGAAGGAGUCGCAUGCCAUUGGAGAAACUCUCUCCUUGGAUUUUCGCACAAUGGCUAGUGCCGGCGUUAUAUUCUUCAAUGGCGGCUUUGAUUUUCUGCUCCUCGAAAUAGAAGACCAGCGCUUGAAGGUGACCUUCAACAAGGCCGGCAGUCUGGUGCAGUUCAUGACAAAUGAGCACAUCUCGGAUGGCAAAUGGCAUCGGGUCUUGUUGCGAUACAACGCGGCCAUUGCGGAGCUAAUCCUCGACGAUGCCACGAGCGGUUAUCGAGGAGCUCACGCUAAUGAGACCAAGGCGAGCAUAAAUCUCGAGAAGAGCGUCUUCUUUGGCGGCGUCCAGGAGGAGAUGCGCCGCCGGCUCAUCGGCAAGGGACUGCGAAUAAACGAGAUCAGCUUCAAGGGCUGCAUGCGCGAUAUCCGGGUCAACGAUCUACCACUGGGCUUCCCCGAUAUGGCCAUCUCGCGCAGCUUGGCCCUCAACUGCCUGUGGAAGUAUCCCUGCGUGGAGCACAAUCCCUGCCUGAAGAGCGGCGUCUGCAGUCAGCAUGGAGUGGACGGAUUCAUCUGUUACUGCGACCAGUCCUACUGCAUCAAGGCUGAUUUUCAGGGACCUUUUAAGAUCUUCACCGAAACAAGUCCAGAACUUGAGCUGCUCUAUGUUGCUCCCAUGCAGCUUUUAGAAGGUGGCACUGCCUUCCUUUCCCCCCAGUUCAUAGACAUAAUACUCGAUCUACGUCGCUAUCCCAGCCUCAACGAGCAAUCCAUUAUUUUCCACGUGGUACAUCAACCAAAGUACGGACAACUGUUGCAAAACUCAGCUGAAAAAAGAGACUUUGUGCCCUGCCGCACAUUUAAUCUGGUUGACUUGGCCCAAGAUAAGGUGAAGUAUGUGCAUAACGGCCAGGAGAACUUCAACGACCAUGCCACCUUGGAUAUGCAGGUCUUCGGGGAUGUACACAAGAUACCGGAGAAUAUAUUGGGAAAACAUAGGUUCCUCUUACACGCAAAUAUAACACCCAUAAACGAUCCGCCGCAAUUGAAGCUGCAUUCGCAUAAAAUCCUGCGAGUGAUAGAGGGGAUUGAAAGGGUGCUGGAUGUGGAUUUAUUUAACAUUGACGAUCCCGAUAGCGAGCCCGGAAACUUGAUCUACACCAUAUUGCCGGCGAACAAUCCCCAGGAGACCUUUGGUUGUUUUAUGGUUGGAGGUGCGACCACAUCAACCUUUUCGCAGGCCGAAGUGAAUGUGGGAAAGGUAUCGUAUCUUUACAACUCCACAACAACGGAAUCCGUUAGCUAUCAACUGCAACUGCAAGUAUCGGAUGGCAUCGAGACGAGUGAUACGGUCUAUCUGCCGAUUUCCGUCCAUCCUCUGGAGCUUCGAUUGGUCAAUAACACGGGCCUCAUAAUGAUCCACAAGAGCUCUUUGCCCCUCACUCCGGCCAAUCUGUCGAUUGGCACCAAUGCCGUGGACGAGCACAUCGACAUUAGGUACGAUAUCGUAAAGGCACCGCAGCAUGGAGUGCUCCAGCGACUGAGGCAGAUCGAUGGCUCCUGGGUUAACGUGGACUGGUUCAGCGAUAGCCAGCUGCUGCUCGGCCACAUUCGCUAUCUGCACAGCAGCGAUUUCCCUUGGCAAGACGAAUUCAAGUUUAUUGCCUCGUUUGGCUUUGUGACCACGCAAACGUUCGACUUCCGCAUCACAUUCACGCGCCUGCGCAUAACGAGCAACCGACCCUCGCAGAUAUCGAUCAAUGGCAGCCGGGAGAUUCUCCUGACCAGCGAUAUACUCUCGUACGAGACCACGCCCAUCGGGAGCUUUCCGCGCAGCGUGAUUUACAAGAUAACGAAGCCAACGCGCUACGGGGGCAUCUACGUGGAGGGAUCCCGAAAGGCGGCCAAGCAGCUGGACUCCUUUACCCAACAGGAUAUAGAGAAGCGGAGAAUUCGCUAUCAAACGCAUCACACUAGCUACUCCAGCUUUACAGAUCAUCUGGAGUUUGUGGUCUCCGUUGCGGAAUGCGAUGAUGUGGUGGGAACUCUGGAGAUUAACUACAGACCCCCCGAGGAGCUAAUCAGCAAGCUGGGCUAUCAAAAUCACGAGGCUCUGCAGGUUCAGGAGGGAGAAAGAGCUCUAAUCACCAAGAAUCACUUUGGGAUUCGCUUCAACAUCUACGAAAGUCUGCAGUUUCAGGUUUCCUCGAGUCCCGAACAUGGUGUUAUUUGCAAGUAUGACGAGCAGACAGGCCUUACAACGCCCGUGGAAGUGUUUACCCUGGAACAGUUGUUCCGAAAUGAUAUAUACUACUGCCAUGACGAUACGGAAUCCACCAGGGACACCUUUGAGCUGCUCAUAUUGUCGGGAGACGAAACAGAUCUGCAGUUUGUCUCCAAUAUGGAAGUGCACAUUAAGCUGGUGAACGAUAAUGAACCCUAUCGCACUGCCAUCGAGCGAAUAUUCCAUGUGGUUCGCAAUGGCAUUAGGACCCUCAAUCCCACAGUGCUGCAGUAUCUGGAUGCGGAUGUUAAUACCAACAACACGGAUAUCCACUACAUCCAUGUCUCCAGCACCAAUGGAGCCUUCUACAAGAGCGGUCACUACAUCGAUAGCUUCACUCAGGAUGAUAUUGCGAACCGGAGGAUUAUGUUCCAGCACACGGGUGCUGAUUCUGGAACCGCUGCCUUCAUAGUCACCGAUCGUGAGCAUGAGGUUAAUGGCUUGCUGGAGAUUCGUGCCUCAGAUCCCUUCGUCUCCAUGAUGGCCACCAAUGCCUCCAUUGUUCAGGAGGGUAAAUUCGUAGUGCUGAAAAACAAAGACUUUAUACUGGAAACAAAUUUGGAUAUGAAACUAGAUGAGAUUUACUACGAAGUGAUCAAGCCGCCUUCGUAUGGCAUACUCAUGUAUUUGAGUAGCGCAAACGAGGGGGAGAAUGGCACUACCAUUUAUAAGGCCACAAACUAUACAUCACUGAGUAACUUCACCCACUUGGAUAUUGAACGGGAGAGAUUGGUCUACUGGAACACGGAAAUUGCCUCAAUGGAUAAAGUUAGAUAUCGGGUGCAUAUCAAGAACAUAACAGCUGAAGGAGAGGUCAUGUUCCGGAUUUAUCCCUCGGCAUAUUGGGAACCGCUGCAAGUGAAACAGAACCACACUCUUUAUGUGGAGGAAUCCACUAGCGUACUGAUCUCGAGAGAUGUCCUAGAGGUCGUUCAUCCCAAUAUUUCCCCCGGAGACAUCACCUUUUUGGUUACCACCUCACCCAUGCACGGCUAUUUGGAAAUGCAAUCCAUGUCGUUCGAUGACGAAUACAACUGCAAGGUUUUCGAUCAGUCUUCCGUGAAUACUGAAAAAAUGUUUUACAUACAAGCAGGAGUCAACCAAUCCACUGAUUACUUUGUAUUUGAUGUUACCAACGGCAUUACGUGGCUAAGACAACUGACGAUGAAGAUCGUGAUUAUACCAGAGAAGCUGUACAUGCACUCGAAUAUUGUAUCUGUGGUAGAGGGAAAAACUGUGCAACUAAAUCCCACAGAUAUGCAACCCUAUUCAGAGUACUAUCGGGGGAAGAUACUGGAGUACAUAGUGACCAUUACCCCGAAUUCUGGUCACAUAUUGGCUGGGAAUUCGAAGGUCAAGAGGUUUACUCAGAAGCAACUAGAACAGGGUAAUAUACAGUAUGUGCACAAUGGCAGCGAAAAUGCCACCGAUAGCAUCACUUUGGUGGCCAUGGCUAGAAACAAGGAGAGUGUUCCCUUUGAACUGGAGUUCGCGGUGGUCCAAGUGAACGACGAGGAGCCCAUGAUGGUAACGAACACAGGACUUCAGGUGUGGAACGGUGGGCGCUAUGUCAUCAGGAAUACUGAUCUGUUGGCUCAAGAUUACGACACUCCGCCGGAGAAUCUCACCUUUGUGGUGCACCACAUAUAUGGCGGCUAUUUAGCUCGGAAAUCUGCACCACAUCACAAAAUUGAGCAGUUCACCCAGGCCCAAAUAAAUCUCGAAGAAAUCUAUUUCAUGCACGACUCCAACUCGAGGAGAAACGAACUUUCCUUUGUGGUUACAGAUGGCCUGUUCAACACCACCACUCAAAUGCUGAACAUUGAGAUCAAGCCCAUUGAAAUUCUGGCCGAGCACAAUGAAAAUCUUCAUGUGUUUCCUUUAACCAAGAAGCAAAUUCUUCGGGACUAUCUCCACUUUAAAUGUUCCGACGAGGAGCGGGAGAUACGCUAUAAUAUUACAGUUCCUCCAAGUCUGGGUCGCAUAGUAAAUGAGUUUAUUGAUAAUGGCUUCACCAAGGAGGUCAGCGAAUUUACCCAAAACGAUGUGGAUAAUGGUCACAUAUUCUACGAACACACAGCUGUCAUCAUGGAAUUCAGAACCAAUGAUUCGUUUUACUUUGAUGUGGUGGCUGAAAGAAGCGAUCGCUUAUUGAAUCAAAAGUUCAAUAUAGAGAUAUCGGUUUCCUCCGGAGGCUUACUAAGAUUCCUGCCCGUAAACAAGCUAAUUGUGGAUGAAGGUGGUUCGGUGCCCAUAAAGCUGGAUUUCUCCAAGAUUUUGGAGUAUCUCAAAACCAAGGCCGGCAUAAAUAAUCCAGAGCUGUUCAUAGAGGCCGUUCAAAAGCCCACACAUGGUAAUAUAGGCCUGGGUCACGAGUUCAAGCACAUGCAGAGAUAUCACCCCAGUGAUUUCUUCACAAAGAAGGUUUACUAUAUACACGAUCAUUCAGAUACUUUGGAGGAUACCAUACUCAUGUCGGUUUACCUGACACAAGGAAACAUUUUCCUGUGCAAUUUGACAAUACCUGUGUCCAUAAAUCCCAUUAACGAUCAACCCUUCCAUUUGAUCACCCACCUGCCCCAAAUGACGGUUGUCGAGGGUGAGAAUCGUACUAUAACGAGGAAUGAUCUGCUAACCGAAGAUGCAGAUACACCACCAGAGGAAAUCAUUUACGAAGUGAUGAGUGGUCCUACUUUGGGAGUGCUUAAAAAGAUCACAAACGAGGGACAAACCGAGGAUCUUUUGGCUUUCUCAAAUCAGUUUACCCAAGCGGAUAUUAACAACGAUCGAAUCAUCUAUGUUCACUUUGGCAUGCCGCAGUCAACGACUUUUUGCUUCACUGUCUCCGACGGCCAAUCGAAUCCUGCCUACGAAAUAUUUACCAUCAAAAUAGUUGCAAUAAAUCUGCAACCAUCUGCAAUGCAAAUACCUGUGAAGGUUCAGCAGGGAGCCACUACUGCCUUAAUGAAACUAGAUCAAAUUGGAGUGACCACCAAUGUUGACGUGGAGAGGUUGUCUUAUAACAUAACAAACUCCCCACUUUAUGGUAUCAUUGUUUUCAAACAUCAGCCAACUCUAAGGUUCACCCACCAGCAGUUGGAAACAUCGCAGAUAAGCUACAUGCAAACGGAUCUAAAUCGAUCGAAUGACACCUUUCAGGUGAGUGCCUACGUUCCGGGCACCAAUUAUGCAGCUCAAGUCGACGUGGUGAUGGAGGUGGAACCCGUUAUACAAAUCAAUAAUAUUGCAAUGAAGGAAGCCGAUCCUGUUGGAGGCAAAAUAAGGCUCGUCACCGCCUUGGACAACGAUAAUCCUUUGUCACUGAAACUCAACAAAUUCAAUCCCAAGUUUGUGAUCACUAGGAUGCCAUCGACGGGGCAAAUAAGAAAGAUAAUUCGCAGUACGGGCCUGACAGCCGAUGGCCAGAAUGAAAGGUCCACGAAUAUAUUCUCCUACAAGGAGCUACGAAGUGGUGUGGUCUAUUUUGUUCCCCAUCAAUCUGUGGAGGAGACGGAGGCGGAUAAUGACAGUUUCGACUAUCAACUGCUCAUAAAGACAGUACAACCUGCACAGGCCACUGUGUCGAUUGAGUACAGGAGUCGGGCUGAGGAAACGGAGACGGUUCACUUGGGGAAUGCAGGCCUGUCUAUCAACUACCUAGCCAUAGGAUGUGCCAUAUUCAUCGUGUUGAUCUGCCUGCUCAUCGUUCUAUUAAUAUUGAAAAUCAGAAAACUGCGAAAGCACAAAGCGAAUAUUUCCAAGGAUCAGCCGCCGGCACUGCCCUGUCCCCCGGAUUUGACAUCCGUCAGUCCGCAGCACCACCUGCACCAUCAUCAUAGCCACCACUAUGCCAGUUCCGAGGCGGACUCUGUGCCUCCGACGGGAAAUUCGACACCUUUGCCGGGCUUCAGCAAUAUACCCCAUUGCAAGAUCAUACCCGUGGAGUCGUAUAAGCACGAGUUUCCCGACUACGAUCCGGAUGAGGAGGAGACGGACGACCAAUGCGAUCCGCAGCAAAUGAUGCUGCCGCAGAGAUAUAAUCCCUAUCACAUGGAGCACGAUGCCUGGAGUUCGUCCUGCGACAUGGCGAAUGACUUUGCUGGCUAUGCCUCCGUGCCGCAAAGUAUUUCCGGAUCGGUCAGUUCACCGCCCUCGGCCCCGCCCACCAAUCCACUGCUAAGGCGGAAUCAGUAUUGGGUGUGAGUUACGAAAGCCCAGAAGCACUGAAGUAAGGGGAUCAAAAUAUAUACAUGUUUCCAAUUGGAUCGAAAGUAGUCCUAGGUUAUUUAUUUAAGUUUAAGCUUACGUUUAAGGCUGAUUUAUGAGAUUCGUUAGGACAAGUGGAGCAUUUUAUACACGAAAAUAUUAAUUAUAGUAUGUAAAGAAACAUACAAACAUAUCUGGCGUGUCAUAUACAAACGAUUAGCAAUAAGAACGAAAACAGGAGUUAUACUCAAAAAGCCAACUUAACUUAGUAUAAGAAUUGUGUUUGCCAACGUGGAAUACUUUUUACAAUAAAUGACAGUACCU